AAUAAUGGUAGCCAUUUAUUUUUUGUCAUUCAACUAUUCAUCAGUUCCAGAAAAAUAACCAAGUGCGUGAAAUUGUGAAAUUAGCACCGCUUCACGGAUACAUUGAGUUACAAGGAUGUCCUUUUUUCACGCACGAUUGAACAAGUUGAAACAAUAAGAAGGGGAGGACAAACAAGUCGUGUCUUUCGGGCGGGAUAGAAUCAAAAGGGAAAGACGUUACGACGGUGACGUAACACCUUGUCCCGCAACUCACGAAAUGCCACGCCAUCUGGUGUAUUAGAAAACAAACAGUUUCUGCAGUUUUCAAGGUAGUCCUAUCGUGAACAGGUGGCAUUGAUUACUCGUAAUCAGAUCCCCUAUUCUCCACUCUAGUCCAAAAUGGGGAGAAAAAAUAUAUAUAUAUAUAUAAUACGGCAUAAUUGCCAGUGCGGAACAAACGCCUUCGGCUAUUUCCUUGCCACUGCAGUCUUUUUUUUAUCCUUUUUAAAGGCAGUGCAAGUACAAGCGGGUUCAAGGUACUCUAUAGAACAGGAGCUGUCAAAGUUUUUCCGCUGGGAAAUUCAGUUCACGUUUCAACCACCGAUGAGGUACGUCUCAUCCAAAUAUUUGUUCUUGUGCUCAUCGUAAAAGAUAUAGAAGAAUGUGCUGGGCACAUACCAGCAGCUUCAAAAUGUUGAGGAACAAGACCAAGUAUUACUGGACAUUGGCUAGCUGCUUCCUCUUCGUGUCGGCUCUAGUAAUUUUUUACGGAUCUCGACAGGUAAUGAUAGAAUUGUACCAACAACAUCAGCAUUUGUCUGUCGAAGAAUAUCCGGAGAAAAUCGGAUGUCGUUGUGACGAACUCACCGGAUCAACAAAUGCCAGGCAAAUCCAUCAAUCGACUUGCAGUGUGGAGGCUGACAGGCGAGGAUUCAACCAAUCAGUGGUCAGUUACACAUUGUUCGGUCAGCCAGAUCAAGACGAACAAGUCCGGAGACGUUACUUUUCUUCCCUCGAAGCUAAAGCUAUCCGCAUCAAACACUAUUACCCCGGCUGGAUCAUGCGUGUGUAUCACAACCUGUCACUGGAUGACGAGCUCAAAUACCUGUGCCCAUUGCGUUGCAGCGGUGGGUAUCCGCACAAUGUCGAUCUCUGUCACGUGGACACCAUCCGCACGAAAGAAAUUACGUCAACUCUUAUUCAGCGACUCAAUCCUCGCAUGUGGAGGUUUCUGGUGAUGCUCGAUCCAAUGGUGGAUCGUUUCAUGUCACGUGAUGUCGACAGUGAAAUCAUCCCGCGUGAAGUAGCGGCUGUCAAACAAUGGCUUCAGUCGAAUUUCACGUUCCACGUCAUGAGGGAUCAUCCCAGUCACGGAGGAUUCAUGUUAGCUGGACUUUGGGGUGCCAAGAAUGUCCAGCGACGAGAGCUCAUCCGGCGGCUGGGUCAAGCCAUGAUCUGGACCAGCCAGAACGACGAUUAUCAAACAGAUCAGAGUCGAUUGGAUUUCUUCGUCUGGCCAUUUGCCACCUUUGAUGUGAUGGCUCACGAUGCUUACUUUUGCAAUCAUUGGUUUCUCAAAUUAGCCCAUGUUGUGCCUAGUUUUCCGUUCCCUACACGCCGGAUCGGUCACAAUUUCACCGGAUUGGACCUCGUCCGAAAAGAUAUUGCCGAUCAUAUCGUAACUUGUCCGUUUGAAUGCCGCCCGGUGGAUCACAAAGACUGGCUUUUGUGUUGAGGAAUACACAAUUAAUAAUUCGAAA